CUCGUACCAAAUUUAAAGUAACCUCGGCAAGCUGGAUCGACUUCUUCAAUACCAGACUCUGCCACAGGAGAAAGAUUUGAUUGAAGUCCAUUCCUAUGCAUUUGUAACCAUUUAUUUACCUCAUUUCCUCUCUCGGAAACGAGGUAUUCAACUUUCGAGAUGCCCUGGGCACGAAUCGAGCAUGAUUUCGAAAGUCUUCCGGGAUUUGGAAAGUGAAAACUCUUCAAUUUCAUUUUCCAGCUGGAAGAGAGAAACGGCCGACAUCCACAGGUAUAAGAAACGGAGAGAAAGGUCAAGAAUUGCGCAUCCAGUUAUUGAAAUGGAAAAGCAGAAGUCAGAUGUUCGCUUACUACUGUCUGAAGAACUCGAAGCCAUACGCUCCAAGAUUGUAAAAGGAGAGCUCGUGCUCUUUGUUGGCGAGCAAGUAUCGACUUUAGUCAGUACGGAUAAGCAUGACCCCUCAUUGGAUGACUGGUGGCAAAUUCUCAAUAAUUCUGAGAAAGGCACGAAUGCACUUCUCGAUCUCGAAGACAAGUUUCUGAGAGAUCUUCAGCAGGCACCGUCACGUGUUCACAAUGCCCUACGGAAUGUUGGGAAGUUUCCUCUCAUCAUAACCACCAAUAUGGACGAGUUGCUAGAGCGCUUUCUCUGGAAGACUGGGAACGGUGGCGAGAAACUGCGACUGGACCAGAUUUCCUGUCUCUCCCAGUCCUGGCCAGAUCUGCGUAGAGAUUUGAUCAUCAAGUGUUUUGGGGAUUGUGGUUUUAACGUGCGGGCGUUGCGAAGUAGCAAGAAGUACUUUGAAGACUUCUGCACCACUCUUGAAGGUCCUGAAGUGGAAUUAAUGCAGCAAAUAUUUAAUGAGAGAUCUGUGCUGUUUCUUGGCUGUGAUCCCGAGCGCCCAGAGUACAAGAAUUUCUUCCAAAAAUUUGCAGUUAAUGCCAAGUUUAAACAUUACAAGUUUGAGUCUUACCAGGACUCAGACCUUCAUGAAAAUGGAAAUCUCCUAACCUUAAAGGCAAACAUACAACCCUGGGAAUUCGUGCAGUUCUUGAGUACAGGAACUAUCCAAGCAGAAAUACAACCAGGACAGGUGUACGAAAGAUCCUACCUGCGGACCCAGAGGGAAGAAUAUCUCAAGCAACAGCUCGCACUGGAGAUAAAGGCCUCGGAGAUAAUAUUUCACACCAUUAAUAUAACAAACGCAUUGUCGCCUGACGAGUACUUUGAAAAGAUUUCACGUCCCACCAUACAAGACAUAUUCGCGAAAGAUCCCUUUGGCGUUUACUCUGAGGAGAAGGUUCAGCGGACGUUGGAUGCAAUGAAAGGAAGGCGUGACAAUCUAAUAAAGCUUAUAACUGAAUCAAAAACCAGCGUCACUGCCUUGUUCUUCUACCACGGAGUGAAGAACGAGAUAGGAGGAUGGAAGCAAGUAGAGAAGGUACCUCCUCCGUCUGAAAAGGAAAAAGAGAAAAUCCUGCAAAAGUGCAAGAUUUCCAUCAGUAAAUACGCAAAGGCCGUUCUACUUUGUAAGUCGUUCAUGCGAAGUAAUAGCACCUUGGAAAUUCUCAUUGUUGGUGAUGAGGAAACUUACCAAGUGCAGGAGGUCGAGAAGGAAACCUUUGCUCUCAUCCGCCUCAGAGGGGGAACAGAUGAAGCUAUUUGCUACGCUGAAACAGCCUCAUCUCCCGAAGAUAGAAAAUUCGCCGCUCAACUCAUUAACAUAAACGGGGAUGAGGUGUUGAAUAAACGAAAGGUGUACGAGAGAAGCCGUGCAAACGCCUGGAACAACGAAGAUUCCAUUCUGAAACUCGCCACAGCGAUUAUGAAAGAAAACGCACAGAUGAAAGAAAAAUUCAACAUUGAUGCAGUUGAAAAAAAAGACCUGGAGGCAUUAGAAACAUUGACUCGCAUAAGCCAGAAAGUGAUCAGUAAGCUGGACCCAGGCUAUCUCGAUCCACUAGGUGAAGGCAGCUUUGGCCAGGUUUUCAGAGCGAAGAAGGACGGUCAUGAUGUGGCUGUAAAGAUCCUGAAGAACAUCCAGAGUCGCAAACAAAUAGAGGACUUUGAACGAGAAGUGGACACACUGAGGGAGGCAAAGCAUCCUAAGAUUGUAAAGGUGCUUGAAUGCAUCUCUAUCCAGAAUCAGCUGGCAAUUGUGAUGGAGUUCAUGGCGGGAGGAAAUCUUAAAGCAUAUCUGGAGAAAAACCAUGGAACCGGACAGGGGAAAGAUUUUGCCGUCAGAUUCUUAGAGGAUAUUGGCUCUGCAAUUGAGCAUCUUCACUCGCUCAAUAUCAUGCAUAGAGACGUUAAACCUGAAAACAUUUUUCUGUCAGCUGACCACUCAGUACUCAAACUCGGAGACUUUGGUCUUGCUCGCGCAACUGAAGGGACACGUCAAACAAAAACCCAGAUUGGCUCGUAUCGCUACAUGGCGCCUGAAGUGGUCAGCAGUGGGGGACAUUACUCCAAGAAAGCUGAUGUUCACAGUUUUGGUUUGUGUCUGAUUGAAGUGCUGAGUGGUAAGGAAGUGUUUGAUAACAUACUGCAGCAUGAAACGGUGUUCAACAAGAAAAUGGCUGGAGAAAAUCCGACCAUUCCGGGUAUUUCUGUUGAAGAAUUUGGAGAGGAACUUGCCUUAAAGCUCAAGAAAAUUAUGGUCGAGUGUCUGAAGCCAGAGAAAUCACGUCCCGAGAUGCAUUUUGUUCUCAACAUACUGAGAGGGAAAAUAUCCACACGCAAAAAUUCAGUGGAGCUGUACUGCGUUGGAACUGGGACAGGCACAACAGCCGUCCUUCAUGGCCAGCCAAGCUCCUCUGCAAUUGUAUUUCACAAAGGGAAACCUUUGCUUAUGGCGGAUGUUGGAGCCGGUGUCGUCAAAGCUUGUAGGGAGAGACUUGCUUACAACGAGUUCCCAAGGAAUGUUUUUAUCACACACAACCACCUGGAUCAUGCUGGUGAACUGCCUUUGCUCUUCGUAUUCGAGAGCAAGCGGAGAUAUUUGGCUGGCGAACCUCGCUUGAGGGUGCUGUCAGGCCCAGAGGUGCAACAAAAACUGAAGACACACAGAUUGGACGAGAUGCUCAGUCUAUAUACACCAGAACAAGUUGCAGACUGGCUGGCGUGUGAACAAGAUGGAAGUCCAACCUACUUGGAUGAUGAUAAACAGUUUUUUAUCAAAACUUACAAGACGCUUCAUAGCGAAAUCUGCUAUGGAUUUGUGCUCUACUUCAAAGAGGAACCAAUUCUUGGUUACUGCGUAGACUCUGGCUUCAGGGAGGACGUGUUCGAGUUCUUCUUCCAGGCCUCCACCGUGAUUGUUGAUGCGAGGGACAAGGGCACUGAGGAACACGCUUCGUUUGCAGAGGUUGUUGAAUACGUUCAGAGAAUUCAGCCUUCAGACACCAAGGUGUACAUAACUGGAUACGGUGUCGACGCAGAGUACCCGGAGGAAGGACUGACAGGAGUAGAACAACUGCGAGCGGAUCAAUACAUCACACUCUGGGAUGAAGAAACCAGUGGCCGUUAGUUCUAAAAACCAAAUCAAGUUCCUCUAGGAUGAAUAACAAGCGCUCCCAUUUUAAAUGAAGUUUACCAAAAAUCUCAUUUCAUGCUCUUUAAUAAUAGGGAGACCGUAUUUAUUUUAGUGAAGUCUUUAAUUUGUUAUGAUUAGAGAUAUAUUUGUAUAUUUCCGGUCGGUUUUUGGAUGUGAAAUUUAAAGCCAAAUCACAAUCGUUAACUUUGAGAAAACCACAAGAUAUGAAAAGGAAGACCGAAGAAUAAAGAAAGAACGGGAGUGGAUUUUGGUGGAGAUCAGUGGAUGAGGAUAAUAAACGAAGAACUUUUAAAAUGGUUUGAGAAUAGUAAAACGAAUUGAUUCAACGUUUCGUAGUCAUCCUGAUGUCACCUUCGAGAUAGCAAACGGAAAGAAACUAAUUGUAUGGUGCAAAAAAUGAAAAUUUAAAGUUAGUGUUCAGCCAAUAAAAUGUAACACUUUAAAUGUAAA